AUGAAACCAGCCGGUCUCUCUUCAGCGCUGGUCCUCAUACUGGUUGAGCUCUCUGCCGCUCACCCCCAAGGCACUAGAGAUGUCAAGGGUUCGAUUGUUCAGCCUCAAUAUACCAUCAUCACCGAGUCGUCCCUGACAGAGCCCAUCGAGGCCCCCCAAGUCAUUGUUUACGUCGACGAAAAGGGUGCACCUUUGGAGACAGCCACUGAGACAGUCCGCUUCGUGCCAGCCUCUCGAUCAAUCAUCCAUCCCUCCAAGCCUUUGGAGUUGGGAACCCGCUCUGGAGAUGUCGUUUUUCGGGCCACCUCUUCAUCCUCUAAUGACGCCCCAGGUUCCCCUCUCGCAACCUCAAGUACUUCAGCUGUCGCUACUUCAUCGUCAUCUUCUUCAUCAUUUCCUUCGGCUCAUUUUACUCCAAACACCACUCUCCCUGGCAUCGCCUAUGCACCCUACACGGCGACGGGGCAAUGUAAAACAGCUGAGCAGAUGGAUGUCGACUUCGCCAAGCUCGAGGGAAAAUACUCGGUGGUCCGCACCUACGGCACCGACUGCAACCAGAUCGCCAACGCUCUUCCUGCAGCCAAAAAAGCCGGUGUGAAACUCUUUUUGGGUAUUUUCGACAUCAGCUCAAUCCCUGCCCAGGUUGCAACUAUUGUUUCAGCCGUCAGUGACAACUGGUCCCUUAUUGACACUGUCAGUGUCGGUAACGAGUUGGUCAACAACGGCAAGGCUACAGCGCAGCAAAUGGUUACCGCCGUGGGGCAAACGCGCCAGCUUCUCCGCGCUGCCGGCUACACCGGUCCAGUUGUCACAGUUGACACCUUCGUAGCGGUCCUUGCCUACCCCGAGCUGUGCGACGCAUCAGAUUACUGCGCGAUGAACAUUCACCCAUUUUUUGACAGUAACACGGCGGCGAAGGAUGCAGGUUCCUUCAUCACCCGGAUGGUCGGCGAGGUUCAGUCCAAGCUCUCGGACCGAAACAAGCGCAUAGUCUGCACGGAGACCGGGUGGCCGUGGAAGGGGAACGCCAAUGGCGCUGCCAUACCCGGAAUUGAAGAGCAGCAGCUGGCUGUCGACUCGAUCAAGAAGGCGUAUGCGAGCCAUAUGGCUGAUGUCAUUCUCUUCUCGGCCUUUAACGAUCUUUGGAAACACGCCGAGGCAGCAACUUUCAAUGCCGAGCAGUACUGGGGCAUCGGAGCUCUGUACUCGGAUUCUGGCAGAUGA